CGCGCGCAGCAGCAACGCCGCGCCGCGGCCCCGAUCAGGAAGUGAAUGUGAAGAAAAUAAGCGACUGUGGAGGUAGGAUGACAUAGAGGGGGAGAGGUGGGAGAGAAACGAGCGGAGAAAGAAGAAGAAGAGACUACAGGAGGGAGGAAUCGACCCUGUGUUUUGGACCUUUAUAUUCAGCUGCUUCUGCUUCCUCUCUCGGAUUCACUGACUGCACCGCCAAAAAUGCUCAUAAAGGAAUUUCGUGUGAUUCUUCCUAUCUCUGUGGAAGAGUACCAGGUGGGCCAGCUGUACUCCGUGGCUGAGGCCAGUAAGAAUGAAACGGGCGGAGGAGAAGGAGUGGAGGUGCUAAAAAACGAGCCCUAUGAGAAAGAUGGAGAAAAGGGACAGUACACACACAAAAUUUACCAUUUGCAGAGUAAAGUGCCAUCUUUUGUCAGAAUGUUGGCUCCAGCUUCAGCUCUCAACAUCCACGAGAAGGCCUGGAACGCAUACCCAUACUGUCGCACAGUUAUCACUAACGAGUAUAUGAAAGAUAACUUCCUGAUCAAGAUUGAGACAUGGCACAAACCUGACAUGGGACACCUUGAAAAUGUACACGCUUUGGAUGCAGAAACCUGGAAGAAGGUGGAUGUAGUCUAUAUCGAUAUUGCAGACAGAAGCCAAGUGGAGCCAAAGGAUUACAAGCCAGAGGAGGAUCCCUGCAGGUUUAAAUCAGCGAAGACGGGACGAGGUCCUCUUGGACCAGACUGGAAGAAGGAUCUUCAAAACAAGAAAGACUGCCCACACAUGUGUGCCUACAAACUGGUCACCGUUAAAUUCAAGUGGUGGGGUCUGCAGAAUAAAGUGGAGAACUUCAUUCAAAAGCAAGAGAAGCGUUUGUUCACCAACUUCCACCGUCAGCUGUUCUGCUGGAUCGACAAGUGGAUUGAGUUGAACAUGGACGACAUUCGUCGAAUGGAGGAGGAGACACGCAGGGAGCUAGACGAGAUGAGAGUAAAGGAUCCAGUUAAAGGGAUGGUGGCUCUAGAGGACUGAGGUUGUGUUGGACUGUGAAUGCUGCUGCUCAUCAGACCAGAAUACCCAGACACCAGCGGAUUCACCUCCUCCUCCUCCUCCUCCUCCUAUUCCAACUGACACAACAUCUGACCGGCCGGUCCAAGAAGCCCCACCAACCCUCGCCUCCACCCCCGAUUCCUGGUACAGUCUGGUUUUCAGGGAUCUGGACCCAGUAAACUCCAUCAUUUACCUCCUCCCUUGCGUCCCAUCCAUCUCUAUUUGUUUCUCUCCAUCUGGUGUCCCCAUCUUAUUAACUGCUCUGAGGCCUCCAGUAGCAACAUUAUAGAUCCUGUCAGUCAGUCCUCUCUCUCUCUCUCAGCCUCGUUCUAAACUACAGAGAAUAGUGUCAUUUAUCUCUGCAAUUUAGGAUUUAUUUCUAUUUAAGAUAUCCCAAUGGUGUGUAUAUAUAAAGUAUACCGUAUAUCGGGGAGCUGAAAGUUGUAUUGAAAUAUACAGUAUAUAUAUAUAUAUAUAUAUAUAAAUAUAAAUAUAUAUAAACAGGGUUUUUAAAAUGAUUUUGUCUGUAAGUUUGUCUGUGUAAUUUUUCCAGAACAAGCUGUAUCUGCUCAGUGUUGAGUUUGAUCCUGUAUGUUUUUUUUCUGAUUUAUCAUUGUACCGCCUUCUCUCCAUUUGUGUCAUGCUUCGAUGCAGUGUUUCCUUUUAUUGUUGUGGUCCACAAAACAUUGCUGCAAGGUCAGGAUUGUGCAAGCAUUACCUGCUGUACUCCUGACCUAUCAGAUUAGUUUUCCCCCAGUAGCUUCCUUAAUAUGUUGAGGCAUUUGAUGGUUUUUCUGCUGCUUUAUGAGUUUGUGUGCGCACGCCUCUGUUUAUGUGUGUGGGUGUGUUUAUGUGCGUGUGUGUUUCUGUAGCAUUGUAAGAUUAUCAAAGGUUUAUUGUUAUUUUUUUUUUUUUUUUAAGAUUUUCUUUUACCUGAUCAUUUCUAGCUCUCUGAUUUCACCCGGCUGUUCCAACAGACUGCAGUAGUUGAAUUUAAACAUACAGAACGCACACACAAAUGCACAUAAAAAAAUGAGCCAGUUCUUUUUGUCUGACAGCCCCGACUUCCAUCUGUAAAUCCCCCUCAUGGGUACACAUCUCCUUCUGCUUGCUGUAGAUAGUUUAACGGUUCUUUCAAAGUAAAACGUCAUUGGUUCUUGCCUGUCACCCUUCCCAUCACCUCCAGUGGAUAAAUGGUCUUAUCCAGCGAUAGCAAUAACUACCAUGACACGUUGGUCUCUCCUGUAUCAUUGCCAGUCUAUCUUACUCUGCGUCUGUUCCUAUCCUGAAAACAGUUUUUGCAGUGCAGAGCCCAUGCUCGAAGUCAAAAAUGGUGAAGAUUACUUGUUAAAUAUUGGUUUUCUCUUUGGAUGAGCUGGGAUCUGAAGCUGGUAAUUUGUGAUUGUGUAUUUUUUCAGUACAUGCAUGAGUGUGCAUAAGUGAUGUGCUGUAGCGUGUUUAUGAAGAGAUCAUGAUGCUGGCUGGGUAAAGAGGAGAGGAAGUCAUGGAUAACUUGUUGAUUUGUGUUUGGCCUCCUUUAUCCUCGGUUACUUUUGUCAUCUUCCUUUUAUCCACAUCCAUCAAAUAAGUGGAAACUUUAAAGAGCAAGCAACAGAUCACAUCAUGAAACUUGAUAAAAAUCAUAAAUAUUAUAUACUUAAUAUAUUCACCAUGUUCUAAGAACUGCCACAACAAUGUUUCUAACUUUCUAUUGCACUUAAAGCACUUAAAGUACAGGGAUUUAAAAUGAUAUAACAUCCACAUCUAGAUAAAUGUGUAGAAGAUAAUAAACCUGUUGCACUUACGGCUUAAGAACAACUGAUGUUGUGCAUAUUUAUUCUGAUUUUUUAAAUUUGCACUUACACUGCUAAAAUAGCCCUUUAUUUCAUUUGUCCACAGGGGGCACCAAAAUCAACUAACAGAAAGUUCCUCACAGGAGCUUUAAUAAGAAUUAAAGAGCUCAACAGUGCCAACCCACUUCUUUGCAGCACUGGUUCUGGGAGUGAAAUUCACCAUUCAAAUCCCCCAUAGACAUUUCGCACAAUCGUUACUAUAUGCUUAAACCAAGCUAACCAGCUGCCUGAGUACUCAUGACUAUAAGAUAUUUGAUUCUACACUAAAACAGUGUUCAAAAAUGGAGGAAAGGCAAAGGGAAAAGACUGUGUACACAUUACUUUACAAGAAGGAUGGAACUACAUGUCCCACAAUCCACUGCAAUUCAUUGUAUUUGUUGGUAAUGAUGGCUUCUCAAGCCUUUAAACCAUGUAUAUACCUUUUUCUGCAUUUGUCUUUGUUUUAGAGAUUCUAUUUUAAAUUAUAAUGUUGCAGUUUAAGCAUUUAUCGCUUCUUAUUGCGGAAGCAUGUAUUAUCGUCAUCAACAGUCGACAGCCUUUGUUUGUGGGCUCGGUAGACAUUUCCAUGAUAAUCAAGAACACCACCAAUCGCUCAAGGAUUGUGGGUAUUGUAGUACUUUAGGCUGAGAUCUCGAAUAAACUAUGUAUUUUCUUGAAACAAGGUCAAAAUCUUGGAAACUUUUGUCUUCUACUGGAGCAUAUACCUUUGUUUCACACUCAGGUAGUUUAUGGUAAGUCUAGCCCGGAUAAAUCAGAUGCUAUGGCUAAUAGUCAAAUCCACUGUGGAGAAAAUGAGUGGGAUUAUCACCUCCAGAGCCACACUGUUAAGCUGUAUGAUAAUGUUGUUGCAUUGAUUUUUAAGCAGUGUAGUUCAAACAUUGUAUUAGUCCCCUCUUAGAAGAUUAAAAUAAAGUGCAUACAAAAUAUGGGCAAUUUAGACUUACCUGGGAUAUAACAGAAGCAAUAAAUUAUGAAACAAGUUAUUAUUUCAUCAUUAUUUAGUCAUUAGCUGACUGUAACAUAGGCAACUCAAAGAGAGCCACUAAUGCAGUCAUUGAUAUGGUGGCCCUGCAGGUCAACUGGAAAGACAUUUGUUGAAACACAAAAAAAAAGUUAGUGGAGCAGAGGAACACAUUGUGAAAUGUAAAAACAUUUAAUGGAACACUAAAUACUUACGGAAAAGCAAAAAUAUUUCUUGAAAUACAAAAACCCUUUAAAAUAUAGGGAACAUUUUGAAACACACAAAAAAAUGUUUCACAAAACAAAAUGUCACAAAAACAUUUUUGAAACACAAAAAUCUAUCAUGUAAUCCAAAAAUAAUUUAGGAAAUACCAAAACAUUUAAUGAAAGCUAAAAAAUAUUUCUUGAAAAACACAAACAUUUUGUGACUGAGAGGAACAUUUUUUGUAAAGGUAUUAAAAGUAUUUUGCAAAACCCCCAAAAUUCUGUAAAUUACACAAACGUUUCAUGAAAUAUACCAAAACGUUAAUAAAUAAAUAAAUCGUUAGAUAAAUAGAUUGUUUUUAAAUUGUGGAACAUGUUUUUUACUUACAUCUCUCAAAAUGUUCACCUGCUGCAUGAAAUGUUUUUCUUUUUCCAAAUAUAUUUUUACACUAAGUGAAAUGUUUUUGUAGUUGAUCGUCAGGGCCACUGUACUUGGCCUGUUACGCUUUGAUUAAUCAAAUAUCACUUUUUUGUCAUCAUUUUCAAUGCUCUUAUUUUUUUUGUCUAUUUUUGUUGUUCACGGAUCUAAUACAAAGUGCAGAGAUCUGAUUUGUUAAGUCCUAAAUGAAAUAAAUCCUCUUUGAGAGGUCCUGUAACCUUCUGUAAGAUUACUUCUGUGUAAUAUUUUGGUAGUUUUUCUUAUGUUUGUUUUGUAUUUCAACUAUCUGUCUUUCUUAAAGCUACUGUGAGGAGUGUUUAGUUGGUGAUGAAACAGACUGAAAUUAAUAUGGAUGCCUCUUUAUGACCUACAAAAGCAAAAGAGACCACCAGGUAGAGGACUGACUGUUUCAUAGAGUUAUUUUUAAUGCCUGUAAACACUGCCACAGGGUAGGCUACAGAUGAGGCAAUUAAAUUAAUAGCAUGCUACAGAAAUAGUCUUUGUUAUCAUUUUGAACAAAGAUUCAGUGAGUGGCACAUUUUAGAAAAAAAAUAACGAAGGCACAGAUUUAUCUACGUGGUCACCAAGACUGGCACGAACCAAAAGUUCCUCACAGGAGCUUUAAGCCCAAGCACAGCUGUCAAUAAAUAAUGUAUUGGCAAUAAGGAUAUGCUGCUGUAAACAGCCCAUUUAGAAUUGCUCAGGGCAUUAUUGGCAUUAAGGGGUAUAAUUUGAACUCCACUUAAAAUUUUGAAAACACACUUUCUAUCCAUGUCAUGGUUUACCCUCAGAUAAGUCAUACAGCCAUCACUGGGAGCCACUUUCUGUUGCCUCCUCUUUAAAGAAAGCACCGGCCCAACACUUCCACCUCUCCCUGUGUCCAUCAAGCAUCUCACUCACUGUCUGUGAUGGGGCUACCAACUGAGUCAUGGAGAUCUGUGGAUGUACUGUAUGUAUUGACUCUGUAAAUAGUAAAUAAAUUUAAUGUAGAUGAACACAUAUAUAUAGAUCAGACUGUCCUGCCAAACCUACAGCACACCUUUCUUGACACUCAGUCGUCCUAUUCCAUCGCUAAAUAUUCAGCGUUCCACAGAAGUCGCUCUCACAGAGGUAUUAUUAUUAUAAGGAACAAUAGAGUUGAAGUUUAGUUCCGGUAAGACAUUUUGGGAAAAAACUCAUCUGUAGACAUGUUAGUAGUUGGAGGAAAAAUAAUUAAAAGUAACGCAAAAACCCUAUUCACUAUCUCCUCUCCUACUCACACUCCUCCCUCACAGGGACCAUGUCUCAUUGGCAGGACAGUGCAUAAAUAUAUAUUUUUGUUCUGAGUGUUGUUGUACCUCUGUUGUCAGUCUCUGAACUACACUCUCACUGAAAAGGAACAUAUAUAUAAUGGCAGCUUUGGUCAUUGAUCCACAAAAUUAGCUGAUGGUGUCAGCCAUAAGUGGAGCUUUGGUGCAAGUCAGAUUUUUCCCUUGUGUGGUUACUGGGGGAAGUUACUGUACAUUUAAGAGCAGCUUCAGCCAGGCAGUCUACAGGAUGGUUGAGUUUAAAGCUAAAGACCAUGUUCAAAGAGUGGCCAUUUCCUUUGACACUGUGCUCAGAGUGGGAAGCUCAAAUGCUGUAAUGUAGCUACUUCCCAGGAAACUUAAUUAUAAUUUGUGAAUCUGACCACUAACAAUCUGCAGCUUACUCACUGAUCAGUGAGUAACAGACAGUGCAAACCUACAUAUUAAUAGUAGCAAUAUUGACACUUGAAUAACAGCUGACAGUAGCAUUCAGCCAUUUCUAAGCUAACAUUACUAUCAGCUAGCUAACCAUGACACUAUCAUGCAGUCAUGUUUGCCUAGAAAGUGGUUGAAAGCUUUGCUAUUGUUGCUAUUAGCUAUAUCAAUCAAUCAUUCACAAGCUAAAACUAUCUAUGAAUUAUAUUAACAUCUGAGGGAUAGCAUAACAGCCACCUAGCUAACACUACCACUACCAGGAAAUUGUGCAUUUUCUAUAAAGCUGUGUAAGACUAUCAAGCAGUAAUGUUUGCUUUGAAGUGUUAGAAAACUCACUUUAGCUUUGCAAGCUAACUGCAAGAUAACACUGCCUAGGAAUUAGAGGAGCUAACGCUUAGAUUGGAACCCUUUUCCAGGCCAUAGCUGGGUCCCAAUUCAGGGUUAGCAUCCUGUGAACCCUACCUAGACUGCUCCAGCCAAACUGAAACUAAACCAUCUGUGUCCCUAGCUAGUUUAGUGCCCCAAGCUGUCCUUAAGCUUAACUUUUCAUUUUCAAGUGUCAUUCCUGUCACCUAACAACCUCAACAGCUGCACAUCAACUAGCUAGCAUAACUAACAUCAGCUAGUAUUUCAAGUUUAAAGGUCCCUUUUGCUUUUUAAACAUAUCUAAUGGUAGCUACUCAGCUGAGUUAAAACCAGUUAGAGAAAUUUGUGAUUGUGGAAUAAGGAAUAAAUAUUAUGCAAUCAGUUUUGAUACCUGUUGGGUCAUAGAGGAAGUACUAGUUGUAUCCUAUAGCUGGGUAAAGAAGGAGUCUCAAAAUGGGACAGCCUUUGACAAAAUCAGUCUUCAAAUGCACCCUUCAAAAAGGCAGUCCCUUUAACUGAAACAAAGAUUGAUUCUCAUGUCAUUAUCAAAUGCUGAUGCUAGUUAGGACAUGUGAGCUGGGUGUUGGCUGUGGCUGAUUUAAAAAAAAAAAAUGUUUUUAAUUUGGGCCUGAUGUCACUCCGGAUUCACACUGCUUUUCUUGUAUGUUGCUUAUGAGCUUGGUAGCAGUGAAAUCAUAACAGUCUGUCAGAUACUGAUGCAACCUGCUACCUAAAGUCCAUCAGAAUGACGUUAAAGGUGGAUUUUGACUUCAGAGCUUGAGUAUUAUGUCACUGUAAAAUUGCCACUGUGUGAAUAUUGUCAAAAUGUGAAAAAAAAAAUGUUACGACAAUUCUAAGUGUGUUUGAAAACCGACAGAAGGUCCAUUUUAAGAGCCUGCAGAUACCAUACAAACUUGUGAGAGAACAUGGUGUAACAGAGACAAUCUCAUAGAUAUCUGUUGUUAGAUUCCUCGAUUUCUAAUCAGAAUAUAAAAACCAAAUGAUUCCAACACCCAAAACUGUUUUUAAAUCGUUCAAGCUCUCUCUCUCUCUCUCUCUCUCUCUCUUUCUGUCUUUCUCUUUCUCUCUCUCUCUCACUCCUGUUAACUUGUCUCCUGUUUUUCUUUCUUUUAUUGUAAAUUUGUGCCUUUUUGUCAUCUUAUCUUCCAAUAACACUACUGUACAUUGGAGACAUAAAGAAAUGA